CGGACCGGAAGCUGCUGCUGACUGUGGCUGUUGUUUCCGGUGGUGAUGGCGGCUGUUUGAUGUCUGAGGGUCUGUGACAUUCUCGGGUUCAGGUGACUGGAGAUUCGGGGACAACAGGCUAAGGAGCGGAUAUGGAGCCAGCCGAUCUGCUGACUGAUUUACAGGACGACCCAAUGUCUGAUCCCUCGGGAGCCCUGGGGCAGCUCAAACUGUCUCCGCUGGACGAGAAGAACUGGCCUGAAGACAGCAUCGUGGAGCCGGUGCAGAGAGAUGGUGCCCCUCCACCUGAUGUUCCUCCCUCUGACAUCGACACCUUCAGUCACAUCGCCAAGCACCAGAUCGUGGAGGUGGCAGGUGAUGACAAUUACGGGCGGAAGGUGAUCAUCAUCAGCGCCUGUCGUUUGCCUCCGAGUCACCAGUUGAACCACGCAGCGCUGCUCCAGUACCUGAAGUACACACUGGACAAGUAUGUGGAGAGCGACUAUUCUGUGGUUUACCUUCACUACGGCCUAAACAGUGAGAACAAGCCCUCCUUUACCUGGCUUCGGGAUGCCUACAGGGAGUUUGAUAGGAAGUACAAGAAGAACAUCAAAGCUCUGUACAUCGUCCACCCGACCAAGUUCAUCAAAACCAUCCUGGUUCUCUUCAAACCCCUCAUCAGCAUGAAGUUCGGACAGAAGAUCUCUUACAUGAAUUACCUGGGGGAGCUUCAGGAGCACCUGAAGUGUGAGCAGCUGCUGAUCCCGGAAUGUGUGAAGGCGUAUGACCAGAGCCUUCAAGCCGCUCGCAAGCUCCCACAGACCAUACCUGUCAAGGUCUCUCCACACCAGCUGUUUGGCAUCCCACUGGCAGUGCUUCAGACAAGAAACCCAGAGCAGUCACCUUACCCUCUGGUGAUGACGGAGACUGUGGCCUACCUGCGAGUGAGAGGUUUAAACAAAGAGGGCAUCUUCCGCAGGUCGGCUAACAUGUACGUCGUGAAGGAGGUCGUGGAGAAAUACAAUAACGGGAUCCGCGUGGAUUACGAGCAGUACGGAGACGUGCAUCUGGCCGCCGUCAUCCUGAAGACCUUCCUGCGGGAGCUGCCCUCGCCCCUGCUCUCCUUCAAGCUCUACGACAGUGUGGUGGCGUUUCAAUGUGUGAAAGAAGAGGAACAAAUUGAGACCCAGCGAAGCAUGAUUCAGUCUCUGCCUGAAAAUAACUACAUUGUGCUCCAAUACCUGGUCAGAUUCCUGGGCGAGGUUGCUGCCCAGAGUUCAGAGAACAAAAUGACGGCCUCAAAUCUCGCCGUGGUGCUCGGGCCAACCCUCCUGUGGGCGAAGGACUCCGCCAUUUCACUGAGCGCCAUCAAUCCCAUCAAUUACUUCACUCAAGUGCUCUUUGAAAAUCAUGAGCAAAUCUUCCCAGAGUAAGAGGGGCUCCUCAGCUUUGGGUCUGAACCCCCAUUGCUGGAGUCAGUCGAGUCGGUCACUCUCUAUACUUGUAAGCUACCGGCCCUUCAGCUGAAGACUUUCACAGUGCGAGCAGCAGCGACUGCCAAAUGAGAGGUUGGAUCCAUUUUGUGAGGGGUGGGUUUCCUUGCGUUUUACACUACUUCGUGCACGCAGAACAGGUACACACACGUACGUGCAACAGGGACGAGUUAAAAUUACCGCGAGUCUGGGGCUGGAUACCCGGCUCUUUUUAAUUUGCCUUGGAGUAAGACGUUGGGGUCUCGUUUGGUGUGCAUGUGUUUCGCUCUUAAACCUUCCCUUUUAUGUUCUAUUAUCUCACACUCAUUGGGAAAGAUUAGUUAUUCUUUUGAUAUAAAAAUAAUCAUAGUAAAUAGGCUGGGAGAGUUUACCUACAGGAAAUGCCGAGAAACUGAAUCAUUUUCCAAUCAUAUGUUUUUCAUUUAGCUUCUGGAAGAAAUGGUAAACUGUUUGUCAUUCCUAAGUGUGGGUUUAGGGGAAGCAAAGAUAUAUUGUGCUGUAAAUGUAAAAUAUUCAUUCACUGCUUUGGUUGAAAAUUGAUCAUAAAAAUGUGCCAAUUGUGUGAGUGACUUCACUGCACCAAAUCUUUCUUAAUGUUUGAUCUUGUAUCUGUUCCUAUAAAUCAUGUUGGUUCGUGCCAAUAGAAAGUGAAACUUCCUUGGUUAUAGGUAGUCAGGGAAGUUUGAUUUGAUGUGGGUUCAAUUUCCUACAGAAAUAGAAAUGUUGAAUUUUAUAUCGUCUCCAAAUAAUGCCUCUGUUUUAUCUGCAUGUUUUAAAUAUUGAAGAAUGUUAUAUUACCUGGUUUCUAGUUUGUUUGUAACUUUGAGACACAUCAGUGCUUUGUGGAAGAAAGGGAGCCAGAGCUUCCUCUCUCACAGGAACAGACAUGGUUAGAAGUUACCGUGAGCAGCAGUGGGUGGGAGCGCAGUCUAACACGGGCUGAGAUGCAGUCAGUAACUUGGGAUGGCUUCAGGUUUAUGAUCUUUCAGGCGGCCCUAAUUCUAAUCUGUCUCCAGCCCCAGUUGUUCAGUAACUCCGUGCAUUGCUUAAGCAAAACUACCUUUAGAAAGAGCAUUAAUUUUUAAACUUUUUAAACUGCUGUGCACAAUUGGCUGCCGCGUUUCACCCACAGAAUGUAGUCAAUCCACUUUACAGUAUAUUCUGUGAAACGCUUUGAGAUGUCUCAAUGGACUGCUAAGGUGCUAUAUCAAUGCAAGGAUUAUUAUUAUUCAUUCAAAUUGUCAAAACAUUUCUCAGACGAGUGUAUAUUUUGUGCCUGUAAUUAAUCUGCGUGUGAUGUGAUUCUGGUAGGUUUGGGUUAAAUUGUGCUGGGGAAAGAUAAUUGUGUAAAAUAGCCCAAAACAUUUCAACUUUCGCAAACAUGUCUAAUGACAGCAUUAAUGUGACAGUUGCUGAGUUUACGCCUUCUGCUGACAGCUACGUUCCCUGAGUGUGUUGUUUGAUUUGUAACCCUCUUCCCUGGAAGAUGUUAGAUUGAUGUGUAAGGAGUGAAAAUGGAAAAAUAAUUUCUCUCUCUCUCGUCUCCCCUUCCACCCUCCACAAGAUCCAGCCCCAUUCUGUCUCACCACCUCAGUGGUGUAAGCAAUUCCAGUCAAUAGACUGCAUCCAUCAGAUUUUUUAUAGUGAAUGUAAAAUGUUGGCUCAAUUCCCUUGUAAUUUUUGAACAUUAUUGUCUUGAGGUUCGGGCUGCUUAUCCGUCUGAUGAGUUUAUCUUUCUUUCUGAACUCACACUGUAUUGGGUUUGAGAUGUGUGAGGGUGGUACUAAGGCACACAGGAUGCGCUAGUUUACUGGGACGCUCUGGGGAAGAGUCUUCACAAUGAACCCAACAACCCCUCUUGCUCAAUAGAGUGAGUCUGUGCUUAGCAAACCUGAGGACACCCACUUCCCUCGACCAGUGAGCUGUGGAGUUCAGUGUGUUGGCUCCUCGGGACAUCCCACCCCCCGCCAUGAAAGACAAAUAUAAAUUGUGCGACUUUAGCACUGAAUUUUUUUGCUGUGGACACUUUCUAACCAUUGACAUGUUUGCCUUUCCAUGUGUUAAUCUUUGUUCUUGGCUAUUAACACUGUGUCUGGGUGAGCUUUUCUGCUUCACUGUUACACUGUAGAUCCCUUGUGCCUCUAUAGGAAACAACUACAGUAUCACGAAGCCUGUGGUAGUCAUUGUUUGCAAUGGUAACUCGUGUGGCUGACCCACCGCGCUGUCAGCUCCACAAUCACAGCUAUGAGCUCACACCAACUGUGGUUCUCUUGAGAUUUGAUUACUUGCCUGUGUUUAUUACUCAAUAUUGUGCUGUGUACAGAGAUAAGAGGGAAAUUUGAGAAAAUAUAUCCCUCAAACCCAACUUCAAUGUACUAGGUUUCGUGUUUGUGCCUUAUUUCACAGCACACGCCCCUGGGAAGGAUAUCGAGCACCAACCGCUCAGUGAUAAACAAGCUGUAAAACUGUCUUUUGUUAAAAGAUGAUGUGAAGCUUCUGUUUAUAGUAAGUUCUACUUUCCAUGGCUGACGUUUUGAGAAGUGUUUGCUAUUGUCAUUUACUCCAUUAUAUUGUUCAGAUAUUGCUAUAAAUCAUUUUUUAUGUGAUGUGAAUGGGGGAAUCCUCCCCAAAUUGUAUGUGAUUUUAUUACUCUGAUUUGUGCAAAUCUCAAAAUCAUGUUACAUGUACUUUGCUCCCACUUUUAUCAUGUAGUGCUGGUCAAACUGAUGUUAAACUAUAUAUGUGUAAAUCUCUACAGGGCACAAUAAAUUUUGAAAGAA